AUGGCGUGGCGUGCCGUGGCCGCCUGCUUAGCGCUGCUGGUACUGCCGAUAGCCUGCAAAGACCUGACUGAAACCUCUCGUGAUGAGAUAGAGGAGCCACCCCAAGGCCAGGAGCCGGAUCUCGUCAACUACGACGAUACAAUCCAUUCGGAGAAGAUGAAAACGCGUUGCGUGGACCAGGGCCGCACUUAUUUGGAGGGAGUGACGUGGAAGAGGGACAAUUGCACCCUCUGCCAAUGCCACUUGGGCAGAGUCAACUGUUCCGUACUCCCGGCAUGUCUAGCUCCACCAGCAACGGUCAGACCACAAUACAAUGCUGGCGGCCAACCAACUACCCCUGUCAGAGGAGUGCCAGGCCCUCCUGGGGACAACGGACCAUCCGGGCCACCUGGUACCCCUGGAGUAAAUGGGUUUCCUGGUGCGCCUGGCUCACCAGGUCCCGUUGGCCCCAUGCCCGAUCACAAUUGGCGGCAACAGCUGGAGGCGAUAAAGGUCCAGCGUUCGAUCCCUACCAAUACAUGCAGGCUCCAGUUGGCGCUCCGGGAAUCAGAGGGAUACCAGGUCCCCAAGGACCUCCUGGGCCACAGGGUUUUCAAGGACCCCGCGGUGAACCCGGCGAACCUGGCUUACCCGGACCACAAGGGCCGCCCGGCGAGAGGGGACCUCAAGGCCUACAAGGAAAAGACGUCAGGAUCUCCGGGCGAAGACGGGGAGCCGGGGCCUGCUGGUGCUACGGGUCAGCCGGGACCUAGAGGGGCACCGGGUGUCCCGGGAAUACAGGGUCUGAAGGGUCAUCGCGGGUUCGAUGGUAAAGACGGCGCGAAAGGCGAGCAAGGCUUCCCUGGUGAUAAGGGCCCGACUGGAUUGCCAGGACAAAUGGGGCCUCCGGGACCAGUGGGUCCUAUUGGUCCACGUGGUGAACGUGGCCGCGAGGGUCCCCCAGGACCACCAGGGAUGCGAGGUGUCGACGGAACCCCUGGAUCACCUGGUUUGAUGGGUAACGUGGGCAAACCUGGCUCUCCGGGCUUCCCAGGAUCACCUGGCAUCAAAGGUGAACAGGGAGUGGUUGGCCCCAAAGGAAGCCAGGGACUCCAAGGACCAAGGGGAGAGGCGGGCCGUCCGGGAACACCAGGGGAAACUGGAGCACCGGGAUUGGCAGGUAGAGACGGUACUCCAGGUGAGAAAGGAGUGCAAGGACUAAUCGGACCAUCCGGGCCUCAAGGCUUUCCUGGACCUAGGGGAACUCCUGGCAUUGCUGGGGAUCCAGGUAUACCUGGCACAAAAGGAAUGCCGGGUCAACCUGGAGAAAGGGGUACUAAAGGUGACGCUGGCAUAAGAGGUGAAACCGGUGGUCCGGGACCUCGUGGUCUACCAGGAAGUGUGGGUCCUGAAGGCAAGCGGGGCAAGAGAGGUUUACGAGGACCUGCCGGAAACGUUGGUCCUCAGGGCGAACGAGGACUACCGGGUAUGCGAGGACUACCUGGUACAGAUGGUCCAAUCGGGCCGAAAGGGCAGCCAGGAGAAAGAGGUGGCGUAGGUUUACCUGGAUCAAAGGGAAGCACUGGUGAUGCCGGAAGGCCUGGGCCUCAAGGAUUGCAAGGUCAAAGAGGCUUAGUGGGGAGACCUGGCAUGGUAGGGAAGUCUGGUCCUCCGGGUGAAAGAGGUAUUCCUGGCGCCGAUGGCAGACCUGGUGAACAAGGAGCACAGGGCCUACAAGGUCCUCCAGGGCUCAUGGGGAGUCCAGGGGAGAGAGGCUUACAAGGCGAACCAGGAAAAGAUGGCGAGCCAGGUCAGCAAGGACAACAAGGACCAAAGGGUGAUUCUGGGCGUGAUGGUAGUCCAGGUAUUCAAGGACCACAAGGUGUGAUUGGUCCAGCUGGUGAGAGAGGGCCUCAAGGUCCGCCUGGACCGACUGGGUUCCCGCGGGGUUACCAGGAUCACCUGGAAAAGAAGGAGAAGCCGGUGUCGCUGGGCCAGCAGGGCCACCCGGUUCUGCAGGGCCGCGUGGCGAGAGAGGUUUCACUGGUGAACGCGGGUUACCGGGUCAACCUGGUACUCCAGGGGAAAAAGGUGAAACCGGCGCACAAGGAUCCGACGGGCCUCCGGGGCCAGAAGGUCUUAAGGGCAGUAAAGGGCAUCCAGGACAACUCGGCGCUAUGGGAUUGCCUGGUCCUCGGGGGAUGGCUGGCUUGCCCGGUGAAAAGGGCGAGAGAGGCGCAGCUGGUCCAACUGGAAAUGAUGGACCUCCGGGGGCCAGUAGGUCCCCAGGGCCAUCCCGGGGAGCCAGCUGAAAGAGGAGAGCCGGGGACUCCGGGGGUACCAGGGGAGCCCGGAGCCCCUGGUUCUCAAGGGGAGAGGGGGCAGCCGGGAUUGCAGGGUUCUCCGGGCCUUCCGGGACCUCCAGGAUUGACAGGCAUGCCCGGCUUGAAGGGUGAUAGAGGUUAUAUGGGCGCUAAAGGCCAACAGGGAUCGCCUGGCAACCCAGGUAUUCCUGGAGAACCGGGUCAGAGAGGUCUCGCUGGACAGCCAGGAGCGAAAGGAGCCCGUGGAGAACAAGGUCUAAAAGGGGACAUCGGUCGUGCAGGUUUGCCUGGAAGACCGGGAGACUUAGGGCCUCAGGGCCCGCAAGGAAGUCCAGGUCAAGUUGGACCGCCUGGUAUGACAGGGGCGAAGGGCGUUUCGGGUGAACCGGGCCGACCAGGGCCACCGGGUCCUAUAGGUUUGACUGGAGUACAAGGGACUGAAGGACCUAAAGGAGAGAGGGGCAGCGAAGGCGAAAUAGGACCGCCGGGGCCUGUUGGACCACCAGGUCCGACUGGGGAACGUGGGCCAAGUGGGCUUCCUGGGAUGGUCGGACCACCUGGUCAGCAAGGACUUCGAGGAGUACAGGGUGAAAGUGGAAUUCCGGGUAAGCCUGGUUCAGAUGGUGCUCCGGGGCCAAUAGGGCCGACAGGACCUCAGGGAGCUCAGGGACCAAUGGGAGAGCCUGGUCCAGAGGGAAGACCUGGAAAACUUGGACAGCCAGGUAUACCUGGAAGACAAGGUGAUAAAGGCCCAAUAGGACCACCGGGUGCAUCAGGGCCUGCCGGACCCCCAGGCAUGCAGGGUCCGCCUGGUCAAUCAGGGCCGCCAGGACAGGCUGGUGAGAGGGGAUUGAGGGGUGAACCCGGACCCCCAGGUGUAGAUGGCCCUCAAGGACCCUCUGGCAAGCAAGGCCCACCGGGUUUGGAUGGUAGUAAAGGCGAACGUGGUGAGGCCGGAGCCGAUGGUGCUAAGGGUCAUGCCGGCUUACCCGGAUUGCCUGGUAUGGUUGGUACACCAGGUAGGCCCGGCGAGAGGGGAUUACCAGGACCGAUUGGACCGCCCGGAAAAGAUGGAGAUGCAGGACCACGAGGAACCCCUGGUCGUGACGGUAGCCCCGGACCUCAAGGACCAAUAGGACCUCAGGGUGGGCGUGGCCCUCCAGGAGAAUCUGGGCGGCAUGGGCCACCAGGGCCCGCCGGACCCCCAGGGCCGCCGGGCUUGCCUGGCGAAGGGCUAGCAUACGACGCCGCUGCUAUCGCUGCAAUGCUUCAGCAAGGCUCGAUGAAAGGUCCAGAUCCAUUAGGUGACGAUCCAAACACCACCCCACCGCGUUUCUUCAAAGACGACAUGUCACCCGCCGAGAGGAAAGAGAUCGUGAUGAAAGCAUAUGAACGGCUCAAGGUCUCCCUGAACAAAUUCCUCAAGCCCGACGGCUCCAAAGACGCUCCGGCGAAGACUUGUGGGGAUAUCAGAUACCAUCAUCCUGACUUUCAGAGCGGCCAGUAUUGGAUCGAUCCGAACGGUGGCGAUAUGAAAGACGCCAUUUUGGUUCACUGCGACAUGUCUACUGGCGCCAGCUGCGUCUUUCCCAAGCCCAUGCAAUCUGAAGACAUCGUGUACAAGGGAAAAGAGAACGAAGCGUGGCUGAGCGAGAUGGACGAUGGUUUCACGAUAUCGUACAAAGCUGAGCACAGUCAGCUGACAUACUUGCAGCUGAUGUCGGCGAGAGCUGUUCAGAACGUGACACUGCACUGUCGCAACACUGUCGGCUACUUCGACCCGGCUUCAAGGAACUACAGGCACGGUCUGAAGUUGCUUGCAUACAACGACGCAGAGAUCCUACCGAAGGCGAAUAACAGGCUGAGAUACAGAGCUUUGCUCGACGAGUGCCAGCACAAGAGCCGAGAUUGGGCCCGUACCGUGGUGCAGUACGAGACGGAUAAGCCCGGCAGGCUGCCAUUGCUGGACGUCGCCGUGAGAGACGUGGGCAGGGGCGGCCAGACCUUCCGCAUAGAGCUGGGCCUGGCCUGCUUCAAC